AUGGCUCUUCUUGCUUUCUUCCUCUUCACCCUCCUUGUCUUCUCUAGUUCAUGUUGCUCAGCGACUCGGUUCCAGCAUCAGCACAGGUACAUACAGAGGAAAACAAUGCUUGAUCUAGCAAGCAAGAUUGGUAUCAACUAUGGUAGACAAGGAAACAACCUCCCAUCUCCUUUCCAAUCCAUCAAUCUCAUCAAAUCCCUCAAAGCCGGUCACGUCAAGCUCUACGACGCAGAUCCAGAAUCUCUCACACUCCUCUCUCAAACAAAUCUCUACGUCACCAUAACCGUACCUAACCACCAAAUCAUAUCUCUCAGCACCAACCAAACCAGAGCUGAGGAAUGGGUCCAAACCAACAUCAUCCCUUACUAUCCACAAACCCAAAUCCGCUUCGUCCUCGUCGGAAACGAUAUCCUCUCCGUUCAAGACAUGAACGUAACGGAGAAUCUCGUGCCGGCGAUGCGAAAGAUCGUGAACUCUCUCAGAGCUCACGGGAUUCACAACAUCAAAGUCGGGACACCUCUGUCCAUGGAUUCUCUCCGGUCGACGUUUCCGCCGUCGAACUCGACUUUCCGGGAAGAUAUCGCCGCACCGUUGAUGUCUCCGUUGUUGAAGUUUCUCAACGGAACAAACUCUUACUUCUUCGUCAAUCUUCAGCCUUACUUCCGCUGGUCAAGAAACCCUAUGAACACCAGUUUGGAUUUCACUCUCUUCCAAGGAAACUCAACUUAUACCGAUCCUCAAACCCAUUUGGUUUACCAUAACCUUCUAGACCAAAUGUUGGAUUCGGUUAUCUACGCCAGUACCAAACUCGGUUUCCCACACAUCCGCAUCGCGAUCUCCGAAACCGGGUGGCCUAACUCCGGCGACAUCGACGAAACCGGAGCCAACGUUCUCAACGCCGCGACGUAUAACCGGAAUCUAAUCAAGAAAAUGACCGCAAAUCCACCAAUCGGUACGCCAGCUAGACCCGGUUUACCUAUACCGACGUUUGUUUUCUCCUUGUUCAACGAAAACCAGAAAGCCGGUUCGGGGACACAGAGACAUUGGGGUAUCUUGCAUCCCGACGGUUCACCGAUCUACGACAUUGACUUCACCGGUCAGAAACCAUUAACCGGUUUUAACCCUUUGCCUAAACCGACGAACAAUGUUCCGUACAAGGGUCAAGUGUGGUGCGUACCGGUCGAAGGAGCCAAUGAAGCUGAGCUUGAGGAAACUUUAAGGAUUGCUUGUGGCCAAAACAACACGACGUGCGCGGCUUUGGCUCCGGGAAGAGAAUGUUACGAACCGGUGUCUGUUUUUUGGCACGCAAGCUAUGCGGUUAGCUCGUACUGGGCUCAGUUCCGUAACCAAAGCGUUCGAUGUUACUUCAAUGGACUCGCUCAUGAGACCACGACUAACCCUGGAAAUGAUCGCUGCAAGUUUCCGAGCGUUACUCUAUGA